AUGAAACAAUUCAAUACAAUUACAAGUUUUACAGAACUUAACGUGACAAUAAACAAUAAAAUAUUUCAGGUGAUUGAAAUUCUAACGGGUAGUGAGGAUAAGAUUCGUAUAAUACUCAAUAAAGCCGAUGCGGUACGUCCUAGAGAGCUUGUGCAUGUACGUGGUGCUCUGAUGUGGGCAUUGGGCAAGAUUAUGAAAUGUCCUGAAGUGCCUAAGGUAACGUUUGAAUCCCUCAACAGAUGUUUUCACAAAAACAAAUGCUUCAAAUCAAUCACUCAACAAAUAUAUUCUCAGGUAUAUAUCGGAUCAUUUUGGCAAUACUGGAAUCCAAAGAAUACACUGUUGCGUGGUGCAAUUCAAGAGGAUCUGGAUGCGCUCAUCAAGGAAAUACUCGAUUUGCCCAGUAACUAUCACGCGAAACGUGUCAACGACGUUAUCAAACGAGCCAGGAACUUACGUAUACAUACCUAUAUAAUGGACGAGGUAAUGAAAGAAUCACUGUUCUUUAAAAACAACAAAAAGUCGACCGAUACUGCCACAUCGCCGGCCAAACUGGUCAGUGUCUAUCACAGUAUCGCUCGGCAACGACGCAUCGUGCUCAACGAUUUUCCAGAUCCGGUUAUAUUUCACGAGAAAGCUAAACUGACAGACCCAAAGCUGUGGAAUCGUCUCGACACGAAGUUGGACAAGUUACUAAAUGAAUUUUUGGAUCACGAUGUCGCACCAAUCGUCACCACAGCAAUCAACGAACCCCGAAUCGUUAUCGACUAUAAACCAGCCAAGAAAGUCCCCCUACCCGAGGUCAUAUUCGACCACUAUUCAUAG